AUACCUUUUUAGUAUACCGACUGAAGAUGCUCUCGUGACUGCGUACCCUACACUCUGAGUCUGCAUCUCCACUAUCAAGAACAAAGAUUCAAACACAGAACCAAAUAUUAGGACACGAGCAAGCAAAAAAGAACGGGGACAACUUGGAACCCAUCUCCGUCUCCAAAAUUCGCAUUUGAUAACGCCGGUCCCUAUCACACCCCGAACAACCUUCCCAGGACAGUCUCACACCAGAAAGGACAAAAAGAUACCAUGGACCUGCCCUACCGACUCAAAACCCCCAUGGCAGUGACAGAGUGGGAUCCCACGCAAUUCUUUCGCGAGGGAUACCCUUCCUCGCCGUAUGCCCUGUUGAUCCUCAACCAUCCAAUCAACGAAAAGGCCUACGAUGUUCUACAGCGACAUGCAUGUAUCACCGUCUGCGCCGACGGCGGCGCAAACCGCUUCUACGAGAUGAUGAAGGCCCGCGGGAGGGAAUUUACAGAUUUCCCCAGCGCCAUAAUCGGCGACCUCGACUCCAUCCACCCGGAGAUCCGCACGCACUACGAGACCCUGGGCGUCCCCGUCAUCCAACACAUCGACGACUACAGCACGGACUUCCACAAGAGCCUGCAGUACAUCCAAAGGAACACGGCGACUAUUCUCGCUACUGCUGCGGCGGCAGCAGCAGCAGCAGCACCAACCCCAUCAUCAUCAUCAUCAUCCACACCAGCAGCACCAUCACCACCACCACCACCACCAGCAAAUCCAGAACCCACCACAGAACCCACUUCUACCACUAACCCCCAAACCCCACCCCAAACCCGACCUCAACUCGAAAUCCUCAUCCUAGGCGGCCUAGGCGGCCGCGUCGACCAAGCCUUCUCCCAAAUCCACCACCUCUUCUACAUGACGCAGGAGCUCCGAGCCACAAGCACCACCACCACCACCAGCUCCAGCAUUGAUGAACCCCACCCCAAAGGGGGAAACCUCUACCUCAUCUCCGAAGAAAGCAUAACCUUCAUCCUCCGCCCCGGCCGGAAUACCGUGCACACGCCGCGGGUGAAUCGCCCCGCCACUACCCCAGCACCCAGCCAUGACACCGACAGUCAAAACAAGCAAGAUAUCCCCGAGGUGCAGAGCACCACCACCACAACCACCACCACAACCACCACCACCACCCCGGAAAAAACGCAUCUCCUCGAGGAAAACGUCGGGAUCAUCCCGCUCCUGGGACCGGCGCGGAUCACCACCGCCGGGUUCCAGUGGGAUGUGCGGGACUGGAAGACGGAGAUCGGGGGCCAGCUGAGCACGAGCAACCAUAUUCGGGCGGAUGUGGUCGAGGUCGAGGCCAAGAUGCCGGUGCUGUUGACUUUGGAGCUGGCGGAGCGGUUUAAGAAGAAAUGAGUAUCCACC